GGGCUUCCUCAAGUGUUUGGGGGCGGCGUCAUCAGCCGCUCUUGCCUUCGUUUCUCACUCUUCAUCUUCUCUCUCCUCGAAUUCGAAUAAUAGAAGACCUCCGUCAAAUUUAGGGUUACUGCGUUCAAAAACAGGGAACCAAGGGAUCUCUUCUCAACUUUUUCGAGGAUUUAAGCCUUUGAAAGCUUCUCUUUUCAUGGAUUCAGCAACAUCUGAUACUAAUUCUCCCCAGCUGGAUGGUGAAGUUUUACCCGAGAUGCUGAAAAGUUGGAAGCACUCUACAAAAUCUUCAGGGAAAAAAGUUGGGGAAAUUUUUGAUAAGAUGCUAUCAAAUUUAUGGCUUAGAUAAAAGAAAUCAGACAGAAUUCAUGGUUGAUAUGAAGUGUGAUGGUUGUGUAUCAGCUGUUCAGAAUAAGUUGCAGACACUUGAUGGAGUCAAAAGGGUCGAUACUGACCUGCCCAAUCAAGUUGUAAGGGUGCUUGGUGCCAUUCCUAUCAAGACCAUGCUUGAUGCUCUGGAACAAACGGGCAGAAAAGCUCGGUUAAUUGGGCAAGGGAAUCCUGAAGAUUUUUUAGUUUCAGCUGCAGUUGCAGAGUUCAAAGGCCCUGAUAUUUUCGGUGUUGUUCGUCUGGCCCAAGUGAAUAUGGAGUUGGCAAGGAUUGAAGCUAACUUCAGUGGGUUGUCACCUGGGUUGCAUGCUUGGUCCAUAAAUGAAUAUGGGGAUUUGACGGAAGGACCGGCAAGUACUGGAAAGAUUUUCAAUGUGGGAAGGACUUCUGAAGAGCCAAUUGGUGACCUGGGAACAUUAGAAGCCAGUAAGGCAGGCGAGGCCUAUUUCUCCGGCGUUAAGAAAAUGCUUUGUGUUAACGACCUCAUUGGCCGAUCCAUCGUGGUGUAUGGUAGCGAGAACAAGUCGGAUACUGGCAUAGCUGCUGCGGUCAUUGCUAGAAGUGCAGGCGUAGGUGAGAACUACAAGAAGAUCUGUGCUUGUGAUGGUACCAUCAUUUGGGAAUCAAGCGAUGCUGAUUUUGAAACUCAAGUAAAAGCGUGAUACCUAGAGCUUCAGACCUCUAGGCUACCAGUUCUAAACCAGAAGGUACCUGUAAAAUCUUAUCAUGUAUACUUGGAAAGGGAAGUAGGUAAAAUGUUAUGGAUGUGUAUUAAUAUCAUGUAAACUAAGAGUAGGUAAAUUUCGGGUGCUACAUCGAUUGGCAAUUUGGCAUCAAAUGGUAUCUGGUUUUUUGAA